AUGACAUCCAUUUUACAAGGAGUCGAAGCAGCCCAACAACAACGCCUAGUCCUAAAUGUUGGAGGGAAAAAGUUUGAAACGAGCAGUCCCUCUUUACAAAGCGAUUCGGACUCGUUUUUAGCAGCUAUAAUAUCAAAGGAUGCCCCCGUUAUCCCUUACAGCAAAGAUCAUCUUCCAGUGUAUUUUAUUGACAUGAAACCUCGGUUCUUUGACUUUAUAUUAGAUCCAUCCCAACUGGAACACAUUCUCCCAGCGGAUAAGGCCAUACUCAAUCAAAUCUUUGUGGAGACGAGCUAUUACCGUCUUGAGGGACUAUGUACCCUUAUUAAGAAGAGCCAAAUCUUAAUGAGUAAAGAUUCCUUGUGGGACAAUUAA